AUGUUGCAGCAAAUUGCAGCAUGGCUAGUGCGCGAGGGACUCGGACCGGAAAAACAAAAGCCGAGCAAUACGAGCAGAGCACAAAAAGCAUCGAAUAAACAAUACAAUCAAUCAUCAUCCCAUACAUUGUAUCCAAACCCAUCAUUUAUCUCAGGAAGCCCAGAAACAGUGCUUCAAUCUAACAGUAAGCAACUCAGGUGUGUGAGCAACUGCCAAUCCCUGACACACCAAUUGCUCCUCGGCCUCCGUACCUCUGCCUCCGACCCUAAGGUUUACUCUCGUUACCCCCCCUAUCCUGCAUUCCCUCUCUGUGACCUGUGUUUCCUGCUCGAUACCUCUCACACCAAUGCCAAUCCCCAACACACCAAUGUGGCUGAUGCCAAUCCCCAACACACUAAUGUGGCUGAUGCUAAUCCCCAACACACUAAUGUGGCUAGAGAGAGCAAACUGUGUGCAAAUUAA